UUACAUUAUAUUAUACAAAGUUUUGAGUACGGUUCUGUGUGAGGAUAUUUUCUGUUUUCUAUGAAUUAGAUGUCUAUGGAACUUGGUCAAGGUUAGGUUAUUUAUCAAAAAUCGAUUGGAAACCGUCAAAAAUUUGCAUAGUUACACAAUCAUUAUUUGAAAUUAUACAACAAUAAACAAUGUUUCCCCUCUUUUGUUUUUUAGUCAAGGGAAACUCGAAUAAGUCACUUUUAAAUCGAUUGUUUACAUUUUUUAUAUUGAUAUUUAUUCUGUUGGUAGCCCUUUUCUAAAAUAAUUGACAAAUUUUAACAAGUAUCAAAUCUAAAACAACACAUUUGAUAAAGGUAAGUUCUACAACAAUCAAAGUGAUAAAAUAAUUAUAUUUUCCCCCUCGCAACUGCUAUAUUUAUUAGGGCCGGAUGAAAACGUCCCGACUGUAACACAAAAUAAACUGUGUGUCACCACAGACACCAUUUCGUAAACAGCAGCAGAUAAGCGUACGAGAUAGCGUCGCGCGAUCCAACUACGUGUAAUUUUCCCGUCCACAAUCGAUAAUCUAAACGACGGGGCCACGUAAAUGUGGUCGUAUACGCGCACUUGAUCGUACACCGUAAACAGCUCUAGUUACCUGCCAAGAAAAUGCGCGACGACGACCGCAAAGACGACAAAUCGCCGAAAUCGGAGCCGGAACAGCCGAAAACGGGCCGCACACGGAGCCGCAGCCUCUCUAACUCGAACAGCAAGAAGAGCAGGAGCCGCAGCAGCUCCAAGUCCAAAAGCAGGAGCAGGUCGCGUAGCAGAAGUAGCGAGAUCGACGGCUAUCGGUUGCACAUCGCCGACAUAGGGGAUGAAACUCGUCGAUCCGAUUUGGAGAAGGUGUUCGCACCUUACGGGGAACUGAAGGAGAUAUGGAUGACGAACAGCGCCCCGUGUUUUGGGUUCGCCGUGUUCAAAGACAAGAAAUGCGCCAGUGCAGCUCUCAAAGCCACGGACGGGAUGGAAGUAGCGGGGUCACGAAUAACAGUGACUUAUGCAAGACCAAGGACUCGCGGUUCAGGCAGAAGGUUCUGCAAUUCAAAUAUGCGUUGCUACCAAUGCGGAUACACCGGUCAUUUUUACAGGGACUGCCCCGAAUUGACCGGCAAUGAUAAACGAGAUAGAGGUUACGAUCACUACGAACGGUCGAGAAGACACCGCGAUCGCGGUCGGGACCGAGACUACGGCCGAGACUACGAUAGGGACUAUGACAGGAGACACAGGUCAUCCAGAAGGUACGAUGACUACAGAAGCUCCCGAAGGAGCAGCAGGAGACGUCGCUAUUAAGGCGAGUCUUUCUGUUUAUUAUUACAUUCAUCACUGACUACCUUACCUUUCAAUGUCCCUCUUUAUGCGAAAAUCUCGACUGGAUCAGAUGAUGUGACCUUUAAAAAUCAGUAUUUUAAGUGUUGGUGGAAAACGUUGUUAUUAUGCUUUCAGCACUGCAUAAUAGACAUCCCUUUUUUUAUUGGAUUGAUUUUUUUUAUUCACAUCUGAAUUCAGUAGAUUUUUUUUAGGUGUUCGAAUAUUGCAGAUUAGUGACUAGAUACUCAAAAUUAUACUGAUGCUGUUUAUGAAAAUAGGAAAUUUUAGGCUAGCUAAAUUGUUUAUUUGAUAUUCUAGUCGUUAAUCUAAUUAAGUAAUUUGUAACUUUUAGAGGUUUUAAUUAAUAUUUUCUUAAUAUUGAAUUCUACCUCAAGCAACAGAAGUAUUGUUAAACAUUAUUGUACCUUUUUUGCUUUAAUGAAUUUAAUUUUAAGAAUGUAACAAUUAGUACUAUGCUAUAUAUUAUAGAUUGUUAUAUUUACUUUUAUUGUUUUGGAUAUAUUAGCGCCGCAGACUUACAUUAUAUGGAUGUAUAUUAUCACUACAAAAAUUAUUAUUUGAAACGUUGAUGUGUGUGUUUAAGAUUUUUUUAUGUGGUACAAAUAUAAAAAAAAUUGCAAUACUGUUAA